GCAUUAACAUUUAUUUUGAUUUAGAGGAAGAUUUUUUUUAAAUAUCACUGUUUAUGUCUUAACAUUUGAUUUCUAAUUUUCCGCGUUUUUGUCCUGGGAGCUGCUGGAGCGCAACAAAAACACCAAAAGCUGUCUAACCAUCUGGCACAGAUUGUUACAGAUUCAUGGAGAAGGCACUGACAGUAGUUCUGCCUCUUUUGCUUACACUUUGUGUGAACAUGCCAGAAGUUGGCGGACAGAAGGAGGGAGCCCAGGUUGACAACAAAGGUUCAUCACGUUCUUCAGAAACAAAAACAGGCCGGUGCUCUUACACCUUCAUAGUGCCUCAGCAGAAAUUGACUGGGGCGCUAUGUCUGAACACGCAGCCUGCUCCUACCAACCAUUCAGAAGUGUCAGCCUUAUGGGCAGAGCUCAAACGACAGCAGGAACUACUAGAGAAGCUAAGAAGCCAACUGGAGCAGGAAGGGGCCCUUGCCAUUGAAGUAAGGGCCUUGCGCAAAGAGAGCAGCAGUAUGAAUUCUCGCAUCACCCAGCUCUAUGCUCAGCUGUUACAUGAAGUUAUAAACAAGAAAGAUCAGACCUUGGAGCAGCAAAAGGUGGAGAACCUUCUGCUAAAUGCGACAGCACAGGCACUGCAGGUGUCCAGUGAUUACAGGGAGCUGGAGAAGAAAUAUGGAGCCCUCACCUCUAUGAUGAGUUCACACAACCAGUUUAUUGCCCGUUUGGAGAAGAAAUGCCAGUGCAGGGACUCUGCCCAGUCCUCUAAGGUCGUUACUGAACCACCCAAAAGUCAGUCAAAUGUGCAUCCGAAUUACAGUUCUGAAAACAGCCAAAUGACCAAUGAUGUUCAACGGGACCAAAGUGCUCUUCCAUUAGAGCAAGCUCAAACAGGGGGAGGUCCUUUCCAUCCCCCCACUACCACCAGCAGUCCUACAGACCCUUCCUUCUUUAGCUUCCCUGUCACGAAAACUCCAGGGCCAUGGCAGGACUGUCAGCAUGUGCUGGAAUCAGGUGAAACUAUCAGUGGGAUCUAUUUGCUCCGGCCGCAGAAUUCCAACCGACUCCUGCAGGCCUGGUGUGAGCAGAGUCAAGCUCAGGGAGGGUGGACGGUCAUCCAGAGGAGACAAGAUGGGUCAAUCAACUUCUUUAGAGACUGGGAACAGUAUAAGCAAGGCUUUGGGAACCUAGAUGGAGAAUACUGGCUUGGUCUGGAAAACCUAUACUGGUUGACCAAACAGGCUCAGUAUAAGUUGCGGGUGGCCCUGGAAGACUGGCGUGGCCGGCAGGUGUUUGCUGAGUAUGACAGCUUCUAUGUGGAACCAGAGAGUGACUGGUAUCGACUGCGGUUGGGACUGUAUCACGGCAAUGCAGGGGACUCCCUCUCCUGGCACAGCAACAAGGCCUUUACCACUUUGGAUCGAGACAAAGACAGCUAUGGCGGUAACUGUGCUCAUUAUCAGAAGGGAGGCUGGUGGUAUCACAUGUGUGCCCACUCCAAUCUGAAUGGUGUGUGGUAUCGUGGUGGACACUAUCGAAGCCGGUACCAGGAUGGCGUUUACUGGGCAGAGUUCCAUGGAGGAUCGUACUCCCUUAAACGGGUUUCCAUGAUGAUCAAACCCAAAUAACAAGGUUAUCUUAUGGACAUGUGGAAAGGAAAGACAUGAUGUGGAUGAUCUUCACAUAUGUGCAGAGAGAA